AUGUUUGUGGUGUUCGGCAGGCAUGUUUUUGAACCGAGGGAGGAUUCGUUAUUCUAUGUCCUCGAUCGUAACUUUAAUUAUCCGACAUUUAACUCUAUCAACCGGUUCAAGUACGUCACCGUCCUUUUCCUUCUGCCGUCUAUUACCGCUGACUGUCUAGUGGCAAACGCAAGCGAUGCCGAGAAGGGAGAGGCAAGUCCUCGCGUCCCCAAGCAGAGCAAGAUUAAAGCCAAGAAGUCUUGCCCGCUGAAGAAGAUCUUCGUCGGCAUUUUUCUUCUCAUCUGUCUUUUCGUCGCCAUGUUCGGCAUGGGUGUCCUUGGCGCCCACUUCGCCGCUCGUAAUGAUUCUUCCAAUGAAGUUUUGGAUGGAGCCUCUCAUGAGCCUGUACUCGCAAUCCAAGUCGCCAGCGCUCACGAUGAACGUUUCAUCGCACGCCGUGACCAAACUGCUGAUGCUUCGUACCCGAUCUCGACCAAGACUGCACUGUCUACCAUCUAUGAGGUCAGACAUACUCCCACUCUUGAGAUCGAGACUGUGUUCGAGACUGUCACUGGCACUACGUACGUUACUGUACCUGAUGAGGUCCCUGUUUCCGUCUCAACCACCACCUUUGAAGAAACUACCGAGUACUGCGAGGAUCAUGUUGUUACCAUGACAAAGACUGUGACCUUUGUUGUCACCCCCGACAAAAGUCCUGCAGCCACCUCCGCUGCUCUCCUUGGAACCCCUGUCGUUGUCACCGAAGAGCCCCAAACGGUUACAGAGACCGAAAUUGACACUUCGAUCACUAGUGGACUUCCUGAUGCCAUCAUCACCGGUAACCCGGAGACUGUCACAGAGACCGACGUCGACACAUCAGUCACUAGUGGUCUUCCAGACGCUGUUGUCACUGGAAACCCGGAAACUGUCACAAAAUCCGAAAUCGACACCUCGGCCACUAGCAAUCUUCCGGAUGUUACUGUCACUGGCAACCCAGAGACCGUUACUGCCACCAAGGUUGACACCUCAGUUACCAGCGGUCUUCCAGACGCUGUUGUCACUGGAAACCCAGAGACUGCCACAAAGUUCGAAACCGACACCUCGGUCACCGAUAGCGUCUUCACGACCAUCACCGUCUCGAAUCUCACCCCCACUAUUGUCCCCCCUGAGCUACCCCCAAAAAGCACUGUCACAUCAUGUACCACUUUCGUUCUGACACUUCCUUACUCGAAACCUACAAACAUCGUUGGUGUUCCUCCUGAAAGCACAGUCACCGCAACGAUCUACGAAACCGAGGGUGAUGCUUCCACCUCUACCACGACAGUUUUCGUUCCCCCGUCGCCUUACCCUCCUCAGCCUCCCUACCCAACCGCUAACGACACUAUGUUGCCUGAUAGCACCAGCAACAACCCCAUUGUGCCUCACAUGCCCACUCCCACUCCCGUCAUCAUCUCUGGCGGCACCAAGAAGCCUGAGCCUCGAGGCUGGGGUGGCACCAGCGGAACCACUAACCUCAGCUGCACUGUCAUGCUUGUUGCUGUCAUCAUGUUUUUCCUUUAAUUUCUGCCAGCGAGCUACCGCGCAAGGCAACAACUUUGGGGAACCCUGCGAAGUGGACGAAGGGUUCAGAUUCACUUGUAUGAACACGAAGCCAUUGCUCUGGCGUCUUGGAGUUUCAUCGGUCGGAACUGGCAACGGACUUGGCACGGGAACUGGAAAGCAAAGCGAGGGGUCUGUAAAUCUGCUUUUGGCUUGCGCUAUGCUGCAUACCUAGGUAAUGCAUAAGGUGACGUUGGGUGCUAGGUAUAGAUAAUAAAAGUUUAAUAGCAUAACAUGAUUAUUUUACUCCGGC